CUCCAUUUUUUUACCUUCCCUUUCCCUAAUCUCUCCCUCCACAUUUUUCUCCUAUCCAAUCCACACAAAAUCAAAUCCCUAGAAUUUCGUUUCGCCAUUCUCCAUACACAGACUGAAAACAAAUGACAGAACCUGAGCCUCACCGCUCCGCUCUCCCGCCGCCGCCGGCGGCCGUCCUCCAGCGCCCCAGCCGCAUCCCCCACGACGUCGCCAUCGACAUCUUCCGCCAGCUACCGGCCAAGUCCCUCCUCCGCUUCCGCUCCCUCUCCAAGCCCCUCUGCGACCUAAUCGACAGCUCCGAUUUCAUCAACCUCCACUUAUCCGACUCCCUCCGCGCCAAAUCUCACCACUCCCUGAUCCUCCGAGACUGGCACCUCUACACCGUCGACUUCGACUCCCUCGACGCCGCCGUCGGUCUCGAGCACCCGCUCUCCGUCGGCGGCGGGACCGAGGCGCUCGGCUCCGUGAACGGCCUGGUCGCGCUCCGGAACUCGGACCGGGAUCUCGCAAUCUACAACAUCGCGACGCGGAAGGUCCGGAAGCUGCCCGUGAGUGAGGUGGAGCCGCCCGGCGGGCAGCACCUGAGGACCGGGUACGUGUUCUACGGGUUCGGGUACGAUUCGGUGAACGAUGAUUAUAAGGUGGUGAGGAUGGCGACUUUUGUCGGGGAUGAGAACGCCUGCGAUACUUACAAUUACGAUUACGAGGUGAAGGUUUAUAGCUUUAGGAGCAAUUCGUGGAAGAAGAUGAUGGAUGUCCCGUUUUAUAUCCGGUUCUUGCAUAAGCCCCUGCAUCAGGUUUUGCAUAGGAGAGGGUAUGGUGUGCUUGUUGGUUCAGCUCUGCAUUGGGUGCUGCCUCAGAGGGCUAUGGUGGGUUUGAAGAAUUAUAUUGUCUCGUUCGAUUUCGUUGCUGAGAAGUUCGAUGAAGUGCCUCAGCCGGAGUAUGAGAAUAAGGAUCUGAGCUACCAAGUUGAUGUGGGUGUUCUGGAAGGGAAUCUGUGUGUGAUGUGUAACUACGAGCAUGUAUGCGUCGACCUCUGGGUGAUGAAGGAGUACGGAGUGAAGGAGUCUUGGUCUCGGAUGUUCUCGGUGCAGAAGAUUAGGAAUACUACUACAUUUGGGUUUUUGAGGCCUUUGAUUAUUGCUAAGGAUGGUAAGGAACUGCUAUUGGAAGUGAACGACGAGAAGCUUGUAUGGUAUGAUUGGAAGACUGGGAAAGCUAGAAGUGUGAGGAUUCGUGAUGGGCCGAAAUCUUUUGGUGCUGUAAUGUAUGUGGAGAGUCUUAUUCCAGUUGAUGAUCCUGAUGAAGUCGAGCGGCAGCGACGGUUAAGGGAGGAUGCCGAGAGGGAGAAGUUGAGAUCCGAAAAUAACUAUGGGGAUGACUUCCUAUCAGUUGGAUUUAAACUAAAGCUGUGACCAGCAGAGAAGACACUGAUGACCAAGAGAUCGUCCACGGGUGCGUAUCUUUCUGCUGUCUGAUUUAGUUCGGUUGAGGUAUGAAGUCAGUUUUGUUGGUCUUAUCUGAUAAAUGCUAAACUUUCGCAUGGAAACUGCAGCGAGCUAUCCGCGGAGAAACAUGGCAUCACAAAGUCCAUGUGAGGCCAUGACAAGGGACGCCGAGGCAUGUGGAGGAAAACCUACAUCUUCCCUCAGCCCUCAGCAAGUUAGGAGGUGGUCUCUGGUUGGAAAGGCUUCAUCCUUGGGCAAAGCAUCAUUUGCCUGAAAUGUACUAGGAUUCCUGAGAGAUAUCUUUGCCAUGUUUCUUAGGAAGAAGAAAGAGCUUGUAGAAAGGAAAGGGAUCAUCUGUAGACUACCUUGCACCGAUCAAACCACCAAAACAAAAGCUAAAGAAUAAGAAAGCAGAAAGUGAAAGCGACCCAGAAAACAAAUAAAGGAAAGCAACAGAAAACAAGAGCGGUUGCUUACUGUACAUGCAUUGCAGGUUCAUACCCGACGACGACGAGAAAGGUGCAGCUGUAUUACCUUUUACUCCAUUUGUACCUGACUGAAGCUUGAUAAGAGGGAAAGUAGAGAAGAGUUGUAUGCAGGUUGCUGCUUGGUUACUGCAUGUGCUUCUUCUGCUUACUUUCUCUGAUGUAAGUGAUGGCUUUGUAUAUGUGUUAUUGCUGAAGUCUCUGUUGUGUAUUGUAUAUCUUCUGCUGCAACUUCCCUUGACAUGACAAUGUACUGCUGUGAGUUUGACACAUAAAUAGUCUGUUUGUAUCUUCUUGCUUGGUUAUGCUGCUGUAAUCUGGAUCGGAUCAAGUGCUCAGAGAUGUAUAAAUUUACUACUGAGUGGUUUACAUGGCCAGUCUUUAUAUCAGCCACUGCUGUAGAAAGUAGAUCAUUUGGUAAUGACAAUACCGGGGAGAGUAUCUCAAUAUUCAUACCGUAUUUUGCUUUGAAGUCGAACCAAAACAUGUCAGCUUCGUAGGUCUGUUGUCUUACGAUGGAGAGUUGUGGCGAAUGGUCUCGUUUUGCCGCGUGAAUCUGCAUUCUUACACAUUGCCUGAAAUAUGAUCGCGUUUUUCUAUUACUGUUCCUUAAAACUGUGGGCCAAAGUUAGGGAUAGCGGUUCGGUUAAUUGAACCGAAAAUCGAAUGAUUCAAUCCAAAAUCAAAGUCGAUAAUGGUUUAUUGAUUUCGAUCAGAAUAAACUGUAAACAAAAAA